AUGUAUGACGGCAUCAUGGCCUACGAGGAGCGUCCUUCCAGGGAUGCUAAUAUCUCCCUGAAUGUCUUCUUGGCCUCGCCAGUGGACAACCUGGCUGAUGCUGAGAGUCUGACGUCUAGCACAGAAGGAGGAGGAGGAGGAGAAGAUAGGAAGAAGCUGGCCAGAAAUAGAAUCUCCAAAUCCAAGUUCAGUCGGUACUCGCGGCGGUGGAACCGUCUGUGUCGUCGUAAGUGUCGAGCGGGGGUCAAAUCCAGCGUGUUCUAUUGGCUGGUGAUCUUCCUAGUCUUCCUCAACACUCUAACCAUCGCUUCAGAGCACCAUAAACAGGCUGACUGGCUCACAGAUGCCCAAGACAUAGCCAACAAGGUCCUGCUGGCGUUGUUUACAGGGGAGAUGCUGUUAAAGAUGUACAGCCUGGGUCUACAGGCCUACUUCGUGUCUCUGUUCAACCGCUUUGACAGCUUCGUGGUGUGUGGAGGCAUCCUGGAGACCAUUCUGGUGGAGACCAAGAUCAUGUCCCCGCUAGGCAUCUCUGUUCUGCGCUGCGUACGCCUUCUACGCAUCUUCAAAAUCACAAGGUAUUGGAACUCUCUGAGUAACCUGGUGGCAUCACUGCUGAACUCUGUUCGCUCCAUCGCCUCCCUGUUACUGCUACUCUUCCUCUUCAUCAUCAUCUUCAGCCUGCUCGGCAUGCAGCUCUUCGGAGGCAAGUUCAACUUUGACGAGACGCGCCGGUCAACCUUCGACAACUUCCCCCAGUCGCUGCUCACCGUCUUUCAGAUCCUGACAGGUGAGGACUGGAACUCGGUGAUGUAUGACGGCAUCAUGGCCUACGGAGGAGCGUCCUUCCCAGGGAUGCUAGUCUGUAUCUACUUCAUCAUCCUGUUCAUCUGUGGAAACUAUAUCCUCCUGAAUGUCUUCUUGGCCAUCGCCGUGGACAACCUGGCUGAUGCUGAGAGUCUGACGUCAGCACAGAAGGAGGAGGAGGAGGAGAAGGAGAGGAAGAAGCUGGCCAGAAUGGCCAGUCCGGAGAAACGUCAUGUCAACGUAAAGCCCCCGAUUAUCGAGGCAGAAGAGAAGAAGGAGGAGAAGAUUGAGCUGAAGUCCAUCACCUCAGACGGAGAGACAACCAAUGCCACCAAGAUCAACAUUGAUGAGUACCAAGUAGAUGUGAAUGAAGAGAAGAACCCGUAUCCAGCUAAUGAUUUUCCAGGAGAGGAUGAGGAGCCUGAGAUGCCGGUGGGCCCCCGGCCUCGGCCCCUGUCUGACAUUCAGCUGAAGGAGAAGGCUAUUCCCAUGCCUGAGGCCCGGGCUUUCUUCAUCUUCAGCAACACCAACAAGUUCAGGGUUCUGUGCCAUAAGAUGGUGAACCACAACAUCUUCACCAACCUGAUCCUGUUCUUCAUUCUACUGAGCAGUAUCUCUCUGGCAGCAGAGGACCCUGUCCGUUACGACUCCUUCAGGAACCAGAUAUUAGGCUAUGCAGACCAUGUCUUCACUGGGCUCUUCACCAUAGAGAUCAUUCUGAAGAUGACAGCGUACGGGGCGUUCAUCCAUAAGGGUUCGUUCUGUCGGAACUACUUCAACAUCCUGGAUCUGGUGGUGGUCAGCGUGUCUCUCAUCUCCUCUGGAAUACAGUCCAGUGCCAUCAACGUGGUGAAGAUCCUUCGUGUUCUCAGAGUGCUUCGGCCCCUGAGGGCUAUCAACAGGGCCAAGGGCCUCAAACAUGUGGUCCAGUGUGUGUUCGUGGCCAUCCGAACCAUCGGAAACAUUGUGAUCGUCACCUCUCUGCUGCAGUUCAUGUUCGCCUGCAUCGGAGUACAACUCUUCAAGGGGAAGUUUUUCUACUGCUCAGACACCUCCAAGUCUACAGAGCCUGAAUGCAGGGGUUCAUACAUCAUGUAUAAGGACGGCGAUGUGGGGAAGCCAGAGAGGUCCAUGCGUGUCUGGGAGAACAGUGACUUCAACUUUGACGACGUGCUCCAGGGGAUGAUGGCUCUGUUCGCCGUCUCCACCUUUGAAGGAUGGCCAGCACUCCUGUACCGGGCCAUAGACUCCCAUUCAGAGGACCUGGGCCCUGUCUACAACUACAGAGUGGUCGUGUCCAUCUUCUUCAUCAUCUACAUCAUCAUCAUCGCCUUCUUCAUGAUGAACAUCUUCGUCGGUUUCGUCAUUGUCACUUUCCAGGAGCAGGGAGAGCAGGAGUACAAGAACUGUGAGCUGGACAAGAAUCAGCGUCAGUGUGUGGAAUAUGCCCUGAAGGCCCGUCCCCUACGUCGGUACAUCCCUAAGAACCAGUACCAGUACAAGGUGUGGUACGUGGUCAACUCCACCUACUUUGAGUACCUGAUGUUUACCCUCAUCCUGCUGAACACCAUCUGUCUGGCCAUGCAGCAUCACGGCCAGACCCACUCCUUCAACGAUGCUAUGAACAUCCUCAACAUGCUCUUCACCGGCCUCUUCACUGUGGAGAUGAUCCUUAAACUCAUCGCCUUCAAACCACGGGGUUACUUUAGUGAUCCUUGGAAUGUUUUUGACUUCCUCAUCGUAAUUGGCAGCAUAAUAGACGUCAUUCUGAGUGAGAUCAACGUAAGUACAUCGCCACCCCUCUCUCUCCACUCGCUCUCACCUGGACUACAAAACUCUGAAGAUAACGCCAGGAUCUCCAUCACCUUCUUCCGGCUCUUCAGAGUGAUGAGGCUGGUCAAACUGCUGUCUCGGGGAGAAGGGAUACGGACCCUGCUGUGGACCUUCAUCAAGUCCUUUCAAGCCCUCCCCUAUGUAGCACUGCUCAUAGUGAUGCUCUUUUUCAUCUACGCCGUCAUUGGAAUGCAGAUGUUUGGUAAGAUAGCCCUGAGAGACAACAGUCAGAUCAACAGGAACAACAACUUCCAGACCUUCCCCCAGGCUACACUGCUGCUCUUCAGGUGUGCCACAGGCGAGGCGUGGCAGGAGAUCAUGCUGGCAUGCGCCCCCAUGCGACCCUGUGAGAAGGGGUCAGAGGUGGGGCCAGCCAGCGAGGACCAGUGUGGGAGUCACUUCGCUAUCUUCUACUUCGUCAGCUUCUACAUGCUCUGUGCCUUCCUGAUCAUCAACCUGUUUGUGGCUGUGAUCAUGGAUAACUUUGACUACCUGACCAGAGACUGGUCUAUUCUAGGACCACACCACCUGGAUGAGUUCAAGAGGAUCUGGGCUGAAUACGACCCAGAGGCCAAGGGUCGUAUCAAGCACCUAGAUGUGGUAACUCUGUUGAGGAGGAUUCAGCCUCCUCUGGGCUUCGGGAAGCUCUGUCCCCACCGGGUGGCCUGCAAGCGUCUGGUCUCCAUGAACAUGCCCCUGAAUAGCGAUGGCACAGUCAUGUUCAAUGCCACCCUGUUUGCCCUGGUGCGAACAGCACUGAGGAUCAAGACUGAUGGUAACCUGGAGCAGGCGAACGAGGAGCUUCGGGCCAUAGUGAAGAAGAUCUGGAAGAGAACCAGUAUGAAGCUGCUGGAUCAGGUCGUGCCCCCUGCUGGAGAUGAUGAGGUGACAGUUGGGAAGUUCUACGCCACUUUCCUGAUCCAGGAGUACUUCAGGAAGUUUAAGAAGCGUAAAGAGCAGGGCCUGGUGGCCAAGGUACCCCCCAAGACGGCUCUCUCCCUGCAGGCGGGCCUGCGGACGCUCCAUGACAUGGGUCCUGAGAUCCGGAGGGCCAUAUCAGGUGACCUCACAGUGGAGGAGGACCUGGACAAGUCGAUGAAGGAGCCGGUCUCUGCUGCGUCUGAGGACGAUAUCUUCAGGCGAGCGGGUGGGUUGUUCGGCAACCAUGUCAGCUACUACAACGACGGGCGCGACAGCGGGCGCAACACCUUCCCACAAUCCUUCACCACGCAGCGCCCGCUCCACAUCAGCCAGACGGGCAGCCCCGGCGAGGGCGAGUCCCCGUCCCACGAGAAGUUGAUGGACUCCACCACCUUCACCCCAAGCUCCUACUCUUCCUCGGGCUCCAACGCUAACAUCAACAAUGCCAACAACACGGCGGUCCCCGGUGUGGUAGUGGGGGUUGGUGGUCCAGGGGGGGUCAGCCGUUUCCCUAGCCCCAGCAUCAGUACUGUGGACGGGCAGAGCCGACCCCCGCUAACCCCGAUACUACUGCCGAGGUCUGCAUGGUGCUUCCCUCCCAAGAGCUCGGACUCCACUGACAGCCGUCUGCCGUUCAUCAGGCGAGAGGAGGCGUCGACGGACGAAACGUACGAUGAGAGUUACGCGGACGAGAGAGAAUACCACCGAAGCGACCAGAACAUUCUCACCUCAGACAUGUACUGCUUCUCUCCACCUCUCUCUCUUCUAUCCUCCCCUCUCUUCUUCUCUGCUUCUCUCCACCUCUCUCUCUUCUAUGAUGAGGAGAGCAAGCAGCUGACUCCUAUGGAGGAAGGAGAGGACAGGAGACCCUGGCACUCCCCCAGACGAGGCUUCCUCUGUCCCACAGCUCUGGCCCUUAAACCCCCACUAACCUCCAACUCUUCACUCAAACUAAUACCCCUUACCCCUACUCUACUUAACUCCCCACUCAACCCCCCUCCCACACCCCCCUCCCACACCUCCCCUCCACACCUCCCCCCACACCCCCCUCCCACACCUCCCUCCCACACCUCCCUCCCACACCUCCCACCCACACCUCCCUCCCACCACCCCCCCACACCUCCCCCCCACACCCCCCUCCCACACCCCCCUCCCACACCUCCCCCCACACCUCCCCCCACACCCCCCUCCCACACCUCCCUCCCACCACCCCCCCACACCUCCCCCCCACACCCCCCUCCCACACCUCCCCCCCACACCUCCCUCCCACACCUCCCUCCCACACCUCCCUCCCACAGUCUGUUGACUUGA